CGGCGACGGUAACGGAACAGGAUCGUUUUCUUUAGCCCCAAGCCAAUCCUUCCCUACAUAUACUCUCCUCUCGCCAUUUCUACUCCAUUGUAGGGUCAGUUUCCCUCUUCAGAACCCCAAUCAAAUACUACUUAACCAGUACCCACUAAAGGAAACCCCUCAAAUUCCGAUAUUGAAGCUUCUUCAUCAGGUUCAGUAGAUUUAAUUCAGUUUGGUUCGUUGCCGGUGGUUACGGAUAUUGGGUAUUCGACGCCUCUUGAGAAUAUGGGUUCUCAAGUUCGGUGUGACAGAAGGGAUAGGUCGAGAUUUCCUGUCCAGAAUGCUCGUCAAGAAUGGGUACCAAGACGAUCCGGCAUUUCUGGUUUGAACCAGGACCAAUCGCAAAGUUCCAAUGUCAACUCCAAUGUAAAUGGGCAAAUUAAUCAGAGCUCGGCUGCACAUGAUAACAAGCAUAGAGCAAAUCAUGCUUCGAGGGGACACAUUAACCAGUCCAUGAAUCAUAGAAGGGAAAGGGAGAAAGAGUGCAGUGAAAAUCACGGGGUGAAGGAGGAGGUGAAAGAUCCAAAUUUGCCGCAGCUUGUGCAAGAAAUUCAGGAUAAGCUUGUGAAGAGCUCUGUUGAGUGCAUGAUUUGUUAUGAUGUGGUCCGGAGGUCUGCGCCAAUGUGGUCUUGCCCAAGUUGUUACUCAAUUUUCCACCUGAAUUGUAUCAAGAAGUGGGCUAAGGCACCCACAUCUGUGGAUUUGGUUGUGGAGAAGAACCAAGGUUUUAAUUGGAGGUGUCCAGGUUGCCAAUCUGUCCAAUUAACACCAUUGAGGGAUAUUCAGUAUGUUUGUUUUUGUGGAAAGAGGACAGACCCCCCUUCUGAUAUGUAUUUGACACCGCAUUCUUGCGGAGAACCAUGUGGGAAGCCACUCGAGAAGGAGCCUUUAGUUGCUGGUAGGACUAAGGAAGAAUCUUGCCCUCAUGUUUGUGUUUUGCAGUGUCACCCUGGUCCAUGCCCUCCUUGCAAGGCAUUUGCUCCACCACGACAGUGUCCAUGUGGGAAGAAGGUUAUUACAACCAGAUGCUCUGAUAGGAAGUCGGUUCUUACUUGUGGACAGCUCUGUGAUAAGGUUCUUGAGUGUAAGCGACAUCGGUGUGAGUGGAUAUGCCAUGUGGGCUCUUGUGAUCCAUGCCAAGUUUUAAUCAAUGCCCCCUGUUUCUGCAAGAAAAAGGUAGAAGUUGUCAUCUGUGGAGAAAUGGCUGUGAGGGGAGAAGUGAAAGCAGAAGAUGGUGUCUUUUCUUGUACUUUAACUUGUGGAAAGAAGCUUAGUUGUGGUAAUCAUGCUUGUGCUGAGGCUUGCCAUCCUGGUCCAUGUGGGGAUUGUGUGCUGAUGCCAAGUAGGAUUAAGACUUGCUAUUGUGGGAAAACAAGCUUGCAGGAGCAAAGGCAGAGUUGCAUGGACCCAAUUCCAACUUGUUCACAGAUAUGCAACAAACUCCUUCCAUGUCAAGUUCACCACUGUGACCAACUGUGUCAUGCUGGGGCUUGUCCACCUUGUUCAGUUCUUGUAACACAAAAAUGCCGUUGUGGAUCAACUUCUCGGAGAGUGGAAUGCUACAAAACAACAAUGGAGAAUGAGAGAUUUGUAUGCGAAAAGCCUUGUGGGCGUAAGAAGAACUGUGGUAGGCAUCGGUGUAGUGAGCGUUGCUGUCCUCUCUCAAAUUCAAACAAUCUGCCUUCGGGGGAGUGGGAUCCACACUUCUGCCAAAUGGGAUGUGGGAAGAAGCUAAGGUGUGGGCAGCAUUCUUGUGAAUCACUAUGUCAUAGUGGCCAUUGCCCUCCAUGCCUUGAAACAAUCUUCAGCGAUUUGACAUGUGCAUGUGGGAGAACUUCAAUCCCUCCUCCAUUGCCAUGUGGUACACCUCCUCCUUCAUGCCAACUGCCAUGCUCGUUUCCACAACCUUGUGGUCAUACGUCUUCUCACAGCUGUCACUUUGGUGACUGCCCGCCUUGUUCAGUGCCAGUAGCGAAGGAGUGCAUUGGUGGCCAUGUUGUUCUCAGAAACAUACCUUGUGGAUCAAAGGAUAUUAGAUGCAAUAAGCUUUGUGGCAAGACCAGGCAGUGUGGCAUUCAUGCAUGUGGUAGAACCUGUCACCCACCUCCUUGUGACACUACUUGUGGAUCUGAAACAGGUUCCAAGACUUCUUGUGGACAGACAUGCGGUGCCCCUCGUAAAGAUUGCAGGCAUACAUGUACUGCUCCUUGUCACCCUUCCGCACCAUGUCCUGAUGUUAGGUGUGAAUUCCCAGUGACAACCACCUGUUCUUGUGGCCGGAUAACAGCGUCCGUUCAUUGUGAUGUUGGGGGAAGCACUAGUGGUUCCUAUACUGGCACUGUUUCUGAAGCUUUGAUGGUCCAGAAAUCGCUAAUGGAAUCAAAUGGCAAGAAGAUUCCUCUUGGGCAGAGGAAGCUUGUGUGUGAUGAUGAAUGUGCUAAGUUGGAACGCAAACGGGUUCUUGCAGAUGCUUUUGAAAUUACUCCCCCCAACUUGGAUGCUCUUCAUUUUGGGGAGAACCCUUCUACAUUUGAAUUACUUGCUGAUUUAUAUAGGCGUGACCCGAAGUGGGUAUUAUCUGUGGAGGAGAGAUGUAUGUUCUUGGUACUUGGAAAGAACAGAGGAAGUACAAGUGGUCUUAAAGUCCAUGUUUUCUGCCCAAUGCUGAAGGAUAAGAGAGAUGCAGUCAAGCUUAUAGCUGAGAGAUGGAAGCUUGCAGUCAAUGCUGCUGGUUGGGAGCCAAAGCGUUUUAUUGUGGUUCAAGUCACCCCCAAAUCCAAGCCUCCAGCCCGUGUUAUUGGGAUCAAGGGUUCUACCACUAUUGGUGCACCCCAUAUGCCAAUUUUUGAUCCUUUGGUUGACAUGGAUCCAAGGCUUGUUGUUUCUUUUCUAGAUUUGCCUCAUGAAGCGGAUAUAAGUGCAUUAGUUCUGAGGUUUGGGGGGGAAUGUGAACUUGUUUGGUUGAAUGACAAGAAUGCAUUGGCUGUCUUCAGUGAUCCUGCAAGAGCAGCUACUGCUAUGAGGAGGUUGGAUCAUGGAUCAGUUUAUCAAGGUGCUGUUAUGGUUGUUCACAGUGGUGGUGCAUCAGUAGCUUCUCCAGCUACUACUGCAUGGGGAAGAGCAGGGCCAAGUUCAAAUUUAAGGGGUAAUCCAUGGAAGAAAGCUGUUGUUCAGGAAGCUGGGUGCAGGGAAGAUUCAUGGAGUGGUGAAGAGUGGUCUAGUGGAUCCUCAGACCUACAUGUAUCUGUGUGGAAGGGGACGGAUGCUCCAAUUGCUGCUUCAAUAAAUCGUUGGAGUAUUCUAGAUUCUAGAACAUCUGCAAACUCAUCGGCUGCCGUGGUUAGAACUGAGAAUCCUUCAAAACAGCCUGGAGAUUUUUCCAAUUCAGGGUUGGAUGGAGUUGCAAGCAAUUCUACUUCAGUAAGCCAGCCUGGAGGAGGCUCUGGUCAAAUUGAGGUAUCUGAUUCAGAAGUUGUGGACGACUGGGAGAAGGCUUAUGAAUGAGAACACGUUGUCUCCGAGCUUUUUGGACAGGGAUACAGGAUUUCAUGUAUCAACAUUUUUGGAAGAAAUUUUCAUUUUUGUUGUUUGUUAUCACAGUUUCCUCAGCAUUUGUUACUCAAAAGUGUAUUAUGGGUCUGGGGAAAUAUUUUUCUGAUCCUUUAUUUUAAUUAAUGGAAAGAAUUCUUUGCGGUUUUAUUGAAUUAGC